AUGCCGGAAGGCCAGCCUGUGUCAGAGGAGCACAACAGCACUGAAACGUCAUCACUGGACAAUCAUUUUUCUCUAGGUCUCGAGACUGCUCAACAGGAAAUAACCUCGAAUUUCCAGGAGAAUACAACAGAUUGCACACCUCAAAAGGAUGUUCCCUCCAUUCAGCCAUCGGAGAACACUACAAAACAAAAUCUAUAUAAUGUCCAAAUUGAAGAUGCGAUAUUGAGGGAAACCACAUGCGAGUGGUUACCUAAUCCGGAGUCUGAUCAUUUGGAGCCAGUCGACUUACCCAUGGAAGAACCUUAUAUAGAGGAUGCAAUCUCUAAUGACCAGUUGUCUGGUAAAGCCCCUCCAAUCAUGCCUGAGAUGCCACAACAACAGGCAGGUGGGGCGUCUGAAGAAAGUUCAGCGAGAACCAUAGACUCGGAGAAGCAUCGAUAUCGCAAGAACUUGAACAAAGGAUUAGAAACAAAGCAUGAGAAAUAUUCGAAGAGCGGUACGAAAAUCGACAGGGGCAAAUUCGCUAGGGCUUGUAUUAUCGCCGGGAAGACGGCACUUGAUGAAAGAGAUGACGUAGAAUUCGCUAUCUCCAUGUUCGAGAAGGCAAUAAGCUGGUAUCCGGAAAAUGAGCGUCUACUAGAAGAGUAUGUGGACAUUGCAUCUGAAAAGGAGGUUGCGGGACGAAAAGGGAAUAACACUACCGCCACGCAAGAGGGAGACCCGCACCACUGCCCGCCCGCUA